GUUUUUUCUUAAUUAAUAUUUUGGCUUUUAUCGCAAAUAUUUCUAUUUAUUAUAAAUUGAAGAUCUAGAGGACCGUGACUAUAUUAUUUUCUAGGCAGCCAAACAGGCCCAGAAGGAAAGACGGCCCAAAUGGAAACGUCGAACAUCUUUCCGACGUUUUCAAAAGUCAAUGCAUCAUCGUUGAAUAGAAGGAGAACUCCCGCUAUUGCCAUUUCUUCAAUGCACAGAAACCAGAAACAGUGUUAAACAGGGAGAAAGUGCGAGAAAAUUUGAAGAAACCGUAGAUGAAAGGCAAGGGCAAAGGUGUUUGGAGGCCCAAGUUAGGGUUGCUGCUUCUCUUCAUCUCAUGGUCCUUUUUCUUUCUCGCUGGGCUCUUCGGAUCCAUGCUUUUCUCUCAGGAUGUAAAUGGAGUUCGAUCACAGCCGAGAUUGCUUGAAUCGGUGGAGGAGUACAGUCCGAUGCCGCAUGGAGAGACUGGGGAGAGUUCUGUUGAUAUGAUCCCAUUUCAGGUCUUGAGUUGGAAACCACGAGCUCUCUAUUUUCCUCGCUUUGCAACCGCAGAACAAUGCCAAAGCAUAAUUGAAAUGGCAAAGUCACACCUUAGACCGUCAACCUUGGCUUUGCGGCAGGGAGAAACUGAUGAGAGCACGAAGGGAACAAGAACUAGUUCAGGUACAUUUAUUAGUGCAUCAGAAGACAAAACUGGGAUUCUGGACUUUGUUGAGCGAAAAAUUGCAAAGGCUACAAUGAUUCCAAGAAGCCAUGGAGAGGCAUUCAAUAUUCUGCGGUAUGAGAUUGGGCAGAGGUAUAAUUCACAUUAUGAUGCAUUCAACCCAGCUGAAUAUGGACCACAAACAAGCCAAAGGGUUGCUUCCUUCUUGUUGUAUCUAUCUGAUGUAGAAGAAGGUGGAGAAACUAUGUUUCCUUUUGAGCAUGACUUGAAUAUCGGUACGGGCUAUGAUUACAAAAAAUGCAUUGGUUUGAAAGUGAAGCCACAAAGAGGGGAUGGGCUUCUAUUUUAUUCAGUGUUUCCAAAUGGCACUAUUGAUCGGACAUCACUCCAUGGAAGCUGUCCAGUGAUUGCAGGGGAGAAGUGGGUGGCUACAAAGUGGAUCAGAGAUGAACAACAAGACGACUAAUAUAUCAAAAGUCAUUUCUUUUGGGAACCAUUAUUUAUUAUUGUUAUUUUUUUCUUUUGAUCUAAAUCAGUAGUUCAUACGAAAGAGACUGUUUCAUGUAAAAGGCAACUAUUUGGAUACAUUAUUUUUUUUCACAAAGCAAAUAUGAGGGGGAGGAAAGAGCCACUCCACUCCAUCUAUUCUCUCCCUCAA